AUGGAGAGAAAAGAAUCUGGAGCACCAAACAUCAAACCUCCAGGUGAAGCAGAUACUGAUUUAACUUCUGUAAUAGCCCCUCCUGAAACCAUGGAUGAUAGUCAUUCUCAAUCAUCAGGACUCAGCAGCUAUUCAUCCUUAUUUGCAAAGCUCUUCGCGAAAAGUGCUUCGAAGGAUGGGGGAAAAGAAACUGUAAACGCCGAGAAAAAAGAAUCUAAAGUACCUUCAGUUCCUGAAGCACUAGACGAAGCAACAGAUUUUACUCAGGAAUCUGUGAUUGUAAAGGCGUUUGGAAAAGUAGCUAGUACAAAGGAAAAGUUGGAGAUACCAGAUGAUCAUAGCGAUAUACCUGAAGAUAGAUCGAGCCAUCCAAUGUUGGGAGAAGACAGUUCUGUCAAAUCAUUGAAAUGA